AUGGCCCUGAGGAUGCUCUGGGCAAGACAGGCCCAGGGGCCCCUGGGAGGCCAGGGGGUCCUCUGCUUGCUGAUCUCACUGCUCCUCCAGCACCCAGGAGUCCACAGCAAGUGCUACUUCCAGGCGCAAGCCCCCUGCCAGUAUGAGGGGAAAUAUUUUACCCUGGGCGAAUCCUGGCUCGGCAAGGACUGUUUCCACUGCACCUGUCUGCACCCGGUCGGCGUGGGCUGCUGUGACAUAUCCCAGCACCCCAUCGACUUCCCUGCUGGAUGUGAGGUGCGUCAAGAGGCAGGAACCUGCCAAUUCUCCCUGGUGCAAAAGGCGGACCCUCGGCUGCCCUGCAAAGGGGGCGGGCCCAACCCAGAGUGGGGCUCGGCUAACAAUCCUGAUCCCGGGGCUCCUGCCCUUCCCCGCUCCAGCUAGACUCCACAGAGCCCCCUUCUGCUGACGCCCCACUGCUACUGCUGCCACUUCCAGAGAGACCACUAGCAGCUGCCAGUUGUUCCUGA